AUGGAUUAUGACAGUGAAGCUGAAAAGGAAUACGAAAUUUCUUGCGCUUACUUCGAAUGCACUAUUCAAAGUUUUUCACUGGUAAGUAUGAUUUGAAUGUUGAGAACCUUCCUGAGAAACAUUUUGAGUCGCCUUUUUCGCAACCCUCGGGCCGGAAUUUUUUUGCUUGAAUACUUUUGAAACUCUGGGCGGUUCAGCGAAUAGCUUUUUCCAGGUUUACGAUGAGAUUCACAUACCUUUAUCAAUAUCCAUCUGUCUUUUCGGGGCCAUGUCCAACAUCUUCAACAUUAUUGUUCUCACCAGGCAUGUUUUAUUUUGGGUUCCUCUCUUUGUAAUCAGUUACUUUUCAGAAAAAGAAUGAGAACUCCAAUUAAUGUACUUUUAACGGGAUUGUCCUUCGCGCAGUGGCUUUUGGCAACGAAUUAUUUCUCAUUUCUUGUUCUGGAGUACUACCGUAUGCAGUGGUGAGUUUUGGUUUGAAGAUCAUCCACGAAACGAAAUUACAGCAUCAAAGUACUUUGGACGAGAGCUUUCACGUGGUAUCGCUUUUUCAAUGUCAACUUCAACACAGUUUUUCAUACAAGUGAAAAUUUUCUAUUUUGAAAUGAUAGACUUCAUAUUUUUCCAGUCGCCUUCGCUACAACAAUUAUCGUGGCUGUUUUUCGCUAUUGCGCUUUGAAAUUUCCAAUUCAAGCAAAUCGAUUCAUUUACAAAACCAAGUUGGCAGUCACGGCCAACAUAUUUAUCUGGCUUAUCGUACCCUUGAUAAGUGCCCCUGUGUUUUUCAUUUCGGAGGUUCCUCAAAAACCAAAUUUGAUUUAGAACUCGAUUUGUUCAGGUCAAGUCGAUAGAUGUUAAUUUGACAGCUUACAACUUGAACUGCUCGAUGGAAGGAGAGCUGUAUGACCUGAGUUAUCAAGGAAAUCCGCCGCUUGUUUCUGCAGUCUUUUGGACGUUUGGGAUUGUUUUUAAGCUUCUUCCUUCAGUGGUUUUGACCAUUCUCCUGAUUGCUUUGAUCAAGUGAGUCUCUCGAUUAUUGAAAUAAAGUUAGGUUCCUGGAGAAAAAAAAAACAAUUUUUCAAAUUUAUUAAGCUGUUUUCGAAAAAUGAACCGAGCAGUCAUUAUCAACCAUAUUAUACUGUUGAAUUGUGAGACAACGGAAGCUCUUCAGAAUUUUUUUUCUUUUCAGCAAAGAGGUGGUGACUUCUUUUGAAAUAUGAGAAUUGAAAAGUAGGGAUUUCAAAGUUAUCAGAAAAUAGAUGGCUCAAAACACCAUCUGUAAAUUGAGCAGCUAAAUCAUUCAUGAAGAUCAAAAACAAGAGAGGCCCCGUAACAGUUCCUUGGAGUACACCAGAUUUGAUACAAAAACUGUCGUUGGAAAUGACUACAUCCAAUAAAAAUUUUAUAAAGCAAAGAACUUUCUUUUCUUCUCAGAAUGCCUUUAUCUAACGCUAAUAUUUUCUCAUACUACCAGAAAAACAUAAAAUUUCCAAACAAUUUUCAGAUCUCUGAAAAGUGUUGAAAGACGCAGGAGGAAAUGGAAACGCAACCAUGGAGCUCAGAUUUGCACAAAUUCUGAACGAAAAGCAAAAAGAAAGCUGGCCACUCGUCCUCGCACAACAAGAAUGCUGGUCAUAAUCCUUCUUUUGUGUGUUAUGGUAAGAAGAAAGUCAUGUAUAUGUUUUAUAAAUAAUGCAGGUUGAACUACCGAUGGGUUUUCUGAAUCUUUGCGUAGCCAUGUACGGUGAAGAUUUUGGAAUGCGUUAUUAUGACCCUCUAGGUAAUCUCAUGGAAAUGCUCACACUUUUGUACAGGUUUAAUUUUACUCAUUUCGCCUUUCAAAGAUUUGAUUUACAGCUCCGUCAGCUUUGUUCUUUACUGCUCCAUGUCAAACGACUUCCUCUCAACAUUCCGCUCGCUUUUCCUGCCCUGUGUCACUAAUGAAGACGCAGAUGUGAUAAUUGGUUCGCUUAUUAAACAUAAACCUUUAUUCUUUGAAAUUUAUAGGUAAAUGGACCACUCGACGAGAGGAAGUACUUUUCUCAAACAACAUUCAUCUGCAUGGAACAGCUCAAACUUCACUACUUUCAUGA